AUUAAAAUUUUAUUAUUUCAAAUUGAAUACCAACAAAAUAAUUAUACGUCAAUUUAGUUGCAAUGCCGGUGUCCAUUUCGCCGAACUUGAGUAAUUUCAAUGUCCUUGAAGCGAUGAAUUCGCAAAGAUUUGCAUAACUUCGCAGGUGCUUCUUGAAUGGCGGCUGAUAAGGCAGAAGCUCUCGGCAUUUAUUCAGCUCCGAUAUGAAUGACAAAUUACUCAGGUCUAUCAUUCAGUUAGAUGGAAUCAUUUCAUUAACUGGAUAAAAGGUCGAGAGGACGUUCAUUUUCCUUCACAUCAAUUCAUUUCUGAUUAACGGCUCUUAUUCUGACGACAGGUAAGAUUCACCUGCAGCGCGAUGCAAAUCUUAGUCAAAAGAUGAAUUAAUUGCUUCUGAGUCACGAUGAGCAGCGGUGAGCCAGGACACCUGCUGGAAAAUAUCGCCAAGUUUCGUGAUCGCGGCGCCCCCCGCGGGUCAUUUAACCUGGCGGUGGCCGACGCAGGGCUCAGUGCCGCAGCAACCUCCAACGACUUGACACGAAAAAUCAACGCCUCAUCUCAUCAACUCAACGCCUCAUCUCAUCAACUCAACGCCUCAGCAACUGAAAACAUCGCCAUGAAGCUGAUUAUACCGGUGAUGCUGAUGCUGGUGGGAGCCGCUGUCUCCGCCAAGGAAGCAGAAGGAGAUGCAGCCAUGGAGUCACGAGGAAUUAGUAAGUGGAUCUUCAUUGGCAAACAUGUCUCGUAUCGUAGGUAUUGCAGAGCUUAGAUAUAUGUGGAAACCGCAAUCCAAUCUUGCUGAAGAAAUGCUCUCUUUAAUUAUGAGCUACUGACAACCGGAUAU